UGAUAUAUUCAAGGAAAACAUCAAACUGUGAUGUACUUCCAACAGCAAAUGCUUUCUUUGUCUGCAUUGUGUUUCAUUUUUUUUCAGUUCUUCUUCUCUCUUCCUUUGCAGCUACUGCAGUGUGGGAAGCCAGACACUGAAAGCAGAGGAGAAUGGAUAUGAAGAAGAAAUGGUAGCCAGGUUUGGUAAUCUUGCAGAUGUAAACACUGGAUUAAAUGGAGCAGCAGGACCUUGUGGGAAGGCUGACUGCUCCAAGACGCCACAGCUGAUAGAAAUACAUGUCAGAUGCCUGAGGGGAGUCAAAGAUAAGGUCCCUAAAGGCCACUAUACCCUCAAAGUUUCUGUUCUCAGCCGCUUAGGUGGUGGCUCACUGGAGUGGCCCAAGCUGAAGGAGCAGCCUCAGGCCAGGACAACACUGCCUGUUAGUCACGAUGGAAACUUCUAUGACACUGAGAUCUACUUCGGACAAAGUAUCCAGACAGUUCUACCACCUAGAAAAGCUGUGAAGCCAGGCAUGGUCUUCCUCUUUGAGCUCUUCCUUCUUCGUGGGGCCUGUACAUGGAUUGAUCGAGAAGUGGGAUGGGGAGCUUUUCCCUUGUGUGACAACAAUUUCAGUGCUUUGGAGGGAAAAUUUAAAUGUCCGUUCCUCAGAGGCCAUUAUGACUCCAAAAUUGACCGAUUCAAAAAAAUUGAAAAUUUUAUUUCCCAAGAUCUGGAUAAUUGGUUAUGCAAUCUCUACUUUCAGAUAACUAAACUACCACAGGGUUCAGAUAAGCAAAAUAAGUGUGAUAUGCACCUUCGUUUCCCACCCGAGCUUCUCACAUAUUCAAGCAUUGCUGAAAAUAAUGGUGUCUCAAAGAAGGCUGAACAGUCUGGACCACAAGGGCAACCUCUGACCUCUCCAAAAGAUCCUGACACCCAUAAGGGAAGUAUUCCCACUGUUGUAAAGGAAGUGGAAAAGCAGUUUAAUGCUGCGAAAGGAGGAGAAGCGCGUGUGUCAGAAGAAGCUGGGAGGAAAAGAGAAGAGCUUAAAAUGCUUCCAGCAGAGGAUGAUUUUUACCAAGACUGCAGUUGCAGUGCAGACAAGCAUUGUGGGUCAUUUUGGCCAAAGGAAGGCCAAGGAGUUCAUGGCAAGGGGCAGUUUCACGGAGACCAUGUCAAUGCAAGCAAGAUUGACCAGAAUACACCACUUCACCAAUGUUAUCAAGAAAAAUCAGGUCCUAGGAACAAUGCAAGCCCAGAAGAAGGGAAAACAUCUACAGAAAGCAAUUUUUACUUGGAGGAGUUAGAGAAAUACACUUUUUCUGUGUCACCCAGUUGACUUUGGAGCACCAUGCCUGUGGGGACGCUGGCUUUGCUAGGGUUCCCUGAGGAAGCAGAGGUCCAGUGAAUUGGUGGUGAAGAGGGAUAACUCCAGAACAUAAGAUGGGUGAGGAGAGGCUAAGACAACAGGUGAACCUGGUCACACAUUAGAGGGAGGUGCACACAGUUGAAGUGGUCAGCCCCAGUCACAGCCCUGUAGCUGCUAAAGAGCCACUGAGAGCUUUGCAGACCUUCCUGGAGAGCAGACCUCAGGACCUUGCUUCCCAUCACGAUGUCUCUGAACCUCCCGUCUCUCAGAAAUUUGUGUUUCUGGAACUAAAAGCCUGUGUAACCUGCAGCAGAACAUGAACAUGUUAAGUGGUUAUUGUCUAAAUAAGACAGGUGAAAUCUAUAACCUUGAGAGACAAAAUGUUAGGGUUGAAUUUUGACCCUUGCUGCCCAAAACCUGCUGUCAGAAGCUUUCUAGCCCUGUUUGUCUCUUCCCUGAAACAAGCAAAAUUUGAGGAAAAAAUGUUCUUCCUGGCUAUUUGUCACUGUAAAACAGAUUUACUGAAAGUGCAUAAUAAAUACAGAUCUGAGAAAUAAUUUGAGUGCUUCAGCAUUUUAACACUGCUUUUUAUGCAGAGUUUUAGAGGAGAUAGGAAAAAGAUCCCAGAUUUCAAAAACUCUUAUCUGCCUUAAUACAAAACAAACAAACAAACAAACAAGCAAAAAAAGUCCACCACCAAACACUCUCUGUCACUCUAGGAAUCUUCAAGCUUGGUUUUAAACAUAAAUGAGGAAAUAGCAAUUUCCAUCACCAUCAACUUUUCAUCAAAUACAGCUCUUAAGGGUUAAUAUUACACACUAAUAUAAAAGUAACGAUCAUCCUUUGUCUCCAUGCAAUUAGCUUUUUAACAACAUGCCUGUAGCUCAUACCCAGACUAAAUGUUGCUUUGAAAUGUUUUCUUCUGAACUUCAAAUGUGUUAACCUGACUCUGGCCAGCUACUGUAAAAACAAUUUAUUGUAGGGUACUGCCUUUUGUGGGGGAAUACCCAGCGCCCUGUGCAGCAGUGCCACAUGAUGCCCACGGUAGCUUGGCUUCAGGCUGGUUGGUGCAGCGUCAGUGCAGGAUCAAACAGCAUCUUGAGACAGGAGACGAGCCAACAUCCCAGUGCAUGCACGCAUCAGUGAGAAAUAAAUCCUACCCAGGUUUAUAUUCUUGCACCUCUGAAAUGCAGGGGGGGAGUGGGCCAGGCUUUGGUUCUCAGUUGCAGCCAUCAGGAGCAGAUACAGCCCUGGUCCAAAAGGGAUAGCAAGGGGAAGGUGGAGAAGAAACAGGCUCUUGGCAGCAUGUGCUAACCUGGGCAGGGUGGAGGGGGCUGAAGACCCCUUUGCAGCCCUGCAUCUGCAACUGUAGCCUUUAUGAUUUUACCUGCUUGGAUUUUUUUUGGCCCAUCUGAUGAGGACAAUGAGGGGCAGGAAGAGUUAACUGUAAACAGCACAGUAUAGUUGUUUUUUAAUAAAACCAAUAAACUUUCCCUUUAUGAUGCACAUGUGAUUUGACAUUGAAAUAAAUGCAGAUGCUUCUUUGCUUGGUGUAUUCCCCGUUGUGCUUUCUAAAACACCUUCACAUAUGGUUUGCCUCAUUCUUGUGAAAAUGCUUGUUGUUUAUGUCAUACAAACAGAACAGAUUGAAUUUACACCAAGUAAGGAGGAUGAUGAAUUAUACGUUGGAGGAAAAUCCUUGUCUGAGUGUUUAAAAUUUGUUCGGAAUUAGUGUUGCCCAUUUAAAAAGUUUCCCUGGAUUCUCCCUUGAGGUCUUAUAAAGAUUCCAUUUAAAAAAAAAAAAAAAAGAGGAUUCUGUGGCUGCCUAUAAAUGCAACCUUUUAUUCAAAUAUGUAACAUUUACCUAAAAUCAAAGGUCAAAUUUUACCAGUUUUUUAUAGCUAUCCUAGUAGGAUCUGCUUCAUGCACUAUAAAUAAAAUAUUGGCAUUAAGACUAGGCAUUCAACUUUCUUUGUAAAAAGUAUACUAGCUAUAUAUUGCUUACUUUAAAAAAUGUUAAUUAUGAAAAAAUUACUUCAAGAGACAGUUUCUCAGUAACUUCUGAUAGUCAACCUAAGCCCUGUUUCAUAGUUUCUAACUCUAUUUUGAAGUGGAGUCUACUUGAUAUUUUUCAAGAUGAAGAUUUAAAGGCAGGCGAAACUUUAACUCUUACAUUAAAUCAGAAGUUCAACUGUCUUCUUUGAAUGCUUUCAAAUCUUUCACACAUCUUUCCUAGAAAUGCUCAAGCUUUGGCUGUGUGAACACAGUGUUACCAGGAUUGGUACCCAGUUCUGUAGUGUUUGUGGGAGUAUUGUUUUGCAGGAAAGUCACAGCAGGACAUGGGUCAUGGAAUUUUUUUUUCUCUCUAUGUAUUCAGAUGUCAGAUCAGUGUUUCUGUUGGUGGAGGACACUCACAUCUUUGCAGAUCAAAUUUUUACAACAGACUGGUAUAGAUUUCUAUGGAGUUUUUGCUUUAGACUUAGUUUCAUUGGGGAUUUUUUCUGUUACAGUAAAACUUUACUUUUUGGAGACUUAUCUAAUAGUCAAAUCAUUAAAUAUAGUUAUGUCCUCUUUCCUAUUCCCUGUGAUUUUUCUGAAGCUGUCUGUUGCUUCUUUUAUUAUAUAGUAUAAUUCACAAAUGGGUGAAGUCCAAUGAACUGCGUACAUUUAGAAAGACUGUAUAGCUUUGCUGUCUUGUGCAAUUGAA